AUGAAGACCCUCCUUUUUGUAUCCACAGCAGCUCUGCUGGCCGUAGUGGCAGUCCUGCCACCCAGCACUGACGCCAAGGUGUUUACCAAGUGCGAGCUGGCAUCCCAGCUGAAGGCUAAAAUGCCACAGAUGGAACCUGGAAGCAAGAAGACGCAGGAAAUGCUUGCCAAAGUGAUUUGCAAGGUGGAAACCACGACUGGCUUCAACACCAGUGCUGUCAGCCCUGCUGCACUCCUUCAUUCCAACCCUCCUCGACCCCCUCCUUCUAACCCUCCUCUACCCCCUCCUUCCAGCCCUGCCGGACUCUCUCCUUCCAACCCUCCUCUACCCCCUCCUUCCAGCCCUGCUGGACUCUCUCCUUCCAAUCCUACUGGACUCCCUCCUUCCAACCCCCCUCAAUCCCCUCCUUCCAAACCUGCUGGACUCCUUAAGAUCCUCUCUAAUAAGAACCACGACAAGAUGCCAGGCUUUGGCAAUCUGUUGGGCAUUUUCCAACUGCCCAGCCAAUUGGUCUGCAAUGAUAAGAUGAGCUUGUGCAAGCUUGACUGCAGCAAACUGAUUGAUGAUGACAUCACCGAUGACAUUGCUUGCAUGAACAAGAUUGUUUUACGGUUCAAAGACGAGGGACAUGGUCCUCAGUUUAGAGAGCAGUGCUCCGGGGUCGACUCGUCUUCCUAUCUGUCUGAGUGCAAACUGUAACCAGCAGGACCAAACUGUCCCAUAAUGUCCUGGUAACAGCAUCAGCCAGCUGUUAACAGAUGGAUAACUGUUUGUAGUCUAAAAUGAUACCCUGUUAGAGAAUUUGUGCAACAUAAUUGAGACCUGUGGUCAUGGUUUCAAUAUUGUAGCUCACUUUUACUUUAUAGGCAACUGUGUCUGCUGUAAAUGCAAUUUUGAAAUCUGUACUACCAAACAUCUUACAAUCUUCUGUGACUUUCACUUUCAAUAAAGCUUCAUG